AUGAUCAUCAGAUUCCUGUGUUUCUGUUUUUUUUUGGCUGCGGCAGUUGAGGCGGAUGACAAAGAUGACAAGACUUCAGUGAACAUGCAGAGCACGCAGAACACACACACCAUGAGAAUCAUGCGACGCAGUGACACUGAUGUGGCCAGUCCACUGGAGAUUGCUGUGGAUGCCAACGCUCAUUUGACAGAGGUCAAGUUGCACAUGUUGCACGUUAACGACGUUAACGACGUUAACGACGUUCUUAACGACGAGCCCGGAGCUGCAAAGGACCAGCUCAACCCUUCCCUCCAAAGAUUGCUCCAAAAAGGGCCAGAGGGGGUGCGAUUUGACACAGAGGUGCACCAAAGACAUGGACAAGUGGAACAGCGGAAGCUUGAAGUUGGUCGCCGAGAGCUCCAUAACUCGGAGAAACCACGGCAGAUGCAUGGCCUUUCGCAGCCAGCAGCGAUGAUGCAGAAGGAAGGUCAACGAACUGGAAGAGUACUCAACAGCUCCUCAGUUGCAGGGCGCAGGAAAGUAGCACUCGAUUCGACAGCAGUGGUUCAGUCAAAGAACUUUGCUGAAGAACUUAUCGCCCAGGAGCGGGAGACGCUUUGCCCAGACCUUCCUAGCAAGGUGAACCUGGAAAUCUUAGCUGCAAACACCAAGAUCGCUGAGGAACUGAUUUAUGUCUUCCGCGCCAAGCUGACAACGUCACCACACUCGAUCCCCAACCAGGCAGUCGAGAUCUUGCGCACUGGAAUUGAGGUAGAAUGGAUGCAGAACCCUGCCGCCACCACUAAUGACGAGCAAUCUGCGUUCGCCAGAGCAGAGGAGAGAUUGCAAGCCAACAAUUCGGGGACGGAACCUUUGACUCGCGGUGCCAAGCUGGUCUUACCAUUGUCCGCGUGUGAUCUAAUGAAUGUGACUUUCUUCCUUAUGUGCAACAGAAGCAAGAUCAUCCCAGCUCCACGGGGCGCUUCAUUAAGUCAGCUAGAGGACACUUCGAAGAGGACCAGCCUUCAACAGAUGCGUGAAGCCUACCUCGGUCUCCCUGGUGGCCUGGGAGUCAUAAUUGACAAAGAAAUUGAGGCCUAUGAAAGAGGUCUCAAGCAGCGUGCCAAGGCUCCAGGAAACUUGAUGGAACUGGGCGUGCGACGAUCAUAUCCUGCAAGCUUUAGUUGGCUUUAUGAGAGGCCUGAAUGCUUGGACUAUGUCCAUCACCAGGGCACAUGUGGUGCUUGCUACAUGUUUGCUGCCCUCGACUCCCUCUCCGAUCGGCACUGCAUCGAUGAGACCAAGGCAUCAACACUUGGGAAGAUCGAGCAUUUGUCCAUCCAGAUGGCCUUGCUCUGUGAACCAUUAGGUCGGCAGUGCUCUGGUGGCUGGGCCGAUGUGGGUUUCAACUACUCCAAGUACUACGGCCUUGUGACUUCCGCAGCGUGGCCCUAUGAGCGCAGCUGUCUUUCUGACUCUGAAUGUCAGUUUGGCAAACAGUGUUUCUCUCCGUCAAGCUACGCGUGUCCGGGUUUCUUCACUCAGGAGGAGUUGAAUGAGGUUGUCACUUUCAGCGAUGCCCUGCGGGUGACUAAGCGAAGAUGCGACAACUCGAACUUGGUGGACCCCGACAAUUGCAAGAUGAUGUUUGCCUUCUCACCAACGAUGGUCUUCAUGCCGGAGAGUUGCUUCUGUGAUGAACUUGAAGCUGAUUGGGCCAAGUUUGCAGUGCGUCAGAGCCAGGCUACACACCAUGGCGACGGCAGCGGCAUGACAGUGUUGCUGCAGGAGCAACUACGCGAGGAUGAUGAGGGCUUCAACUUCUUCACCUGGCUCUACAACCUCUUCACCGGCGGGCCACAUGAGGAGGAUACCACAACGACCGAGGCACCAACAGGUUCGAAGGACACAUGGAAUUCCGAUAUCCCUGGUGGUCACUGGGGCUCUGAAGAGAAGAAGACGAGCACCGUAACCACCGAAACACCAAGCAUCUCAACAGCGGACCAGUGCAACCGAGAUCGGUGUUUGACUGAGCCGCAAGUCCACAAAUCCACAGAAUAUCAUUACGUGCUGAACCACAAGGACGCUUUCAAAGAGGAGAUCCUGAAAGAUGGACCAUUGUAUACGAGUUUUUUUGUCUACGAGGACUUCACCUGGUUCUUCACGUUUUGGCCAGAGCAGGCUUACAACUACCAAUGGGGCGCUAUGCAGGGUGGCCAUGCUGUGGUGCUCAUUGGCUGGGAGAGCGACUGUAUCUACCACGGGGACAAGAUUCGCAUCCCAGGGGAUGGCGACCAAAUCAGGCAAAAGAGCAGUGCUACGAGCCAGACGAACCGUGGUGAGUGUUGGCAUUUGCGGAACACAUGGGGAGACGAAUGGGGCGACAAAGGGUACUUCCGCUUCGUCGAUGACAUGCUAACAGGACCAGAAGGAUAUCACAUUCACAUUGCAUCAGCAGCAGCAGAUGGCCCAAAGUCAGCGACAGUGGUGUGA